AUGGCAGCAGCCGCCGCUUCUCUCCCCAGGAAGAGCCUGGCUAGCGACUCUGUAGAAGCAGCUGAGGGCUCCGAGCAGCAGCAGCAGCAGCAGCAGCAGCUGCCCACAGCAGCAGCAGCAGCACCAGCACCAGCAGCAGCAGCAGCAGGAGCAGAUCCAGAUGAAGCAGCAGGAGCAGCAGCAACGAGACAAAGCAUCGCUGUAGCCGGUGGAACACCUUCAGCAGCAGCAGCAGCAGCAGCAGCAGCAGCAGCAGGAGCAGCAACCCCUCCCCCACCCGCACAAGCAUCAGCAACAGCAGCAGCAACAGCAGCAGCAGCAGCAGCACCUGCUGCUGCACCUCAACGAACAUUUUGUGGUGCAGAGCUAGCGCUAGCUGCUUCUCGUCGUCCUCUCUUUUUAACGAAUUCUAUCAUUUGCUGUUCUGAUGCUGCUGCGCUGCUGCAGCAGCAAGACAGCCUGCAGCUGUACAGGCAGCUAGAUGAGCUGCUGCAGCUCCGCCAGUUCGUGCUGCAGCAGGUGCUGCAGCAGGUGCUGCUGCAGGUGCUGCAGCAGGUGCUGCAGUCCCCACAACCGUCGAUGCUGCAGCAGGUGCUGCUGCAGGUGCUGCAGCAGGUGCUGCAGUCCCCACAACCGUCGAAGCAACUAUCACCCUCCGACAGCAGCAGCAACAGCAGCAGCAGCAGCAGCAGCAACAGCAGCAACUGCAGCAGCAGCAGCAGCAGCAGGAGGAAGAAGCAGCAGCAGCAGCACAUUUGGUUGUCUUAG